AACCCAACAAAAUGGCAAACAUCAAACUAGAACACCUCCAAGAACUACUACAAUCACUACAAAAACAGCAUCAAACUCACACUAACUCAACCUCAACCUCAAUCGAAAACGAAUCAAACCCUCACAAACGACAAAAACUGAUUAAUCAACCAUCAUCAUCAACCAGCACACUCAAGGAUCAUCAUCAAGCUCAACAAGACCAUCCCAAUCAUCAACCAACAACCCAACCAAUUCUUAACUUCGAUCAAGCCCUAACAACACUCCAGAAAACCAUCGAGCUUCAACCAGGAUUCUUGGAUAAAAUUCAACAGAUUAAAGAAGAUCAGGAUCAAUUCGAAUUGAGAUCAAUCGAUCAACGCAAUCAGAUCCAAGCUGAACUCGAUCGCAAACUCAAGAAACUCAUCAAUUCAUCCUCGCCAGAUAACUCCUCAUCAUCAACUACUACUAAGAUCCAGAAUGAAGCCCGAACCGAGAACUUGAAGAAUGAAUACGAGUCCAAACUGGAUUUGUUCGAUCGCUCGGUCUUGUCGAAAUGGGAUCAAUUGAAACUCUCUCAAUCAAUCACACUCCAAAAUUUAAACGUUCCGUUUUUUUCUGGAGAAUCUGACCAAUCAGAUCCGAAGAUAAUUACGCAGCAAAACUUGGUCAUCAAUUUCUUAAUGAACUCUAUCAACGAAUGUCCAUCAGAAUAGAUUCAUCGUCGGUCAUUGAGUCUCGCUUUUGCCUUUUUUUUCAGCUUUGUUUUACUGUUGUUCAUUAAUGUAAGUCUAGUCCCUUUAGUAUGUUCAUGAAUCGAAAUGUGUAUUUUUUUUUAUAAAUGAGGGGGCGCUUCAGCCUUCAGAUGCCUCGAUGCAAGUGACAAUCAUAAUGAACUGAACGAGCAUAUGGGUAUGUAGAGUGACAAUCGAUCGACUCAAGUUUGAUGGUGAUAGAGCCAAAAAAAAAUCUAUGAGUUAACU